AUGUCUGCGUUCCCUGUUCCCCGGCGUAUCCUCGUCAUUGGCGGCGGACCAUCUGGACUUGUCACUCUUCGGAAUAUACGGGAACGAGGGAACUUUAACCACGUCGAGCUCUACGAAAGGAGAGAUGAUGUCGGUGGGGUCUGGUUUCUUGACGAAGGGUCGGAUACGUUUCCAGUUUCGGACAAUCCUCGCUGGCCAUCUCCAGCGUACAGAGGAAUGAUCGGCAAUGUUCUACCGGAGUUUCUGAGCUUCUCUGAACAUCCCUUUCCCGCAUCUCCUACAACGCCACAUCAACCAUUCCCGACUUUGAAAGAGACACACAACUACCUCAAAGGUUUCGCUACGCCUUAUAUCGAGAAAGGUGUAAUCAAGUUGAAUCGCGAAGUUGUGCGCGUUGAGGAGCUUCCAUCCAAAAGGGGCUGGAACGUUGUAACGAGGAAUUGGAAUCACAAUGGCAAAGAGGAGGAUGAGAUAUGGGACGCUGUCGUUGUUGCUGUUGGGUGGUACGACAAUCCUGUAUGGCCCGAUACCGAUGGUCUAGAAGAGCUUAAGGCCAGAGGCAUCGCCAAACACGCGAAGUCUUGGAGGGGACCGGAGAGCUAUGUCGAUAAAAAAGUUCUUGUGGUCGGGAAUGCAAACUCAUCCAACGACAUCGCCGCUCAGCUUGCUUCCGUUGCCAAUAAGCCAAUAUAUCAAAGUAUCCGUCGCCCUGCCUUUCCAGGCUUCGUGAGCCUCCCAGACGAACGUAUCAAAAUGGUAGCGCCCGUAUCUAAAUAUACAGCGAAGGACACUGGGGACGGCGGCAAAGCUGACGCUCAUCUAUCAGAUGGCACUGUCAUCACUGAUCUGGACGUCGUACAUAUCGGCACGGGAUAUAAAAUCAUGCCCAGCUUCGUCUACGUUUUAGAAGAAUCAAAGGGAACACUCGCACCAAUCGCCAAUCAUGACACCAAACCUCAUAGAGUUCCAUCUCUCCACCGUCUGAUCCUUUAUGCCCACAACCCAUCUUUGGCCUUUAUUGGUGCUCCGAUGUCGUACACCCCGUUCACCAUCGCUGAUGUCGCAAGCACCUGGCUCACUUUAGCCUGGACAGGGGAAGCUUCUUAUCCCGACACGGUAGAUGGUCGCCUCGCCUUUGAACGAGAAAGGAUGGCUGCGAUUGACCAGUGGAGGAACCAGAUUGAGAAUCCAUCUGCGCUUAUGGUGUACAAUGUCCUUGGUCACGGCGAACAGGAAUACGCUAGAUCCUUAAAAGAGGACAUUGUUAAAGCCCGACCGGAGCUUCAUGACGCAUUGCCAGAGUGGAACGAUGAGCGAACGGCAUUGAGGGAAGCGAUGCACAGGACUAAACUCGAGGCCCUGAAGUACGCGAAAGAGCAUAACGCAAUAGAUCAUGUACCCUGA